CACCGGCACUCCUGGCGACCUUUGGUCCAAGGCACCGCACAGGCUUCUGUGAGCAAAGCUCAACGCUGAGGCAACAGAAAUAAACAGACGAGCCGAGCUGAUACUUCACAUUUUCUGAACCCACAAACCAUGCUUCUCCGUAGAGCGUGAUUGCGAAAAUCACCUUUACACCCAUGUGCUUUUCUAAAACGUGCGACAUUUGAAAAGUCGACGUCGGCACGAUGUUAUCCUUUUUUACUUCUCUUAUUCCGACUUCCUACUUCCUACCAGGGUGGUUGACUCCCGAUACAAACCCAGGGCAUAGUUUACUUCAAGGACUGGUCGGUGCUUGCGGUGUCUCGGUGCUAUGCUCCCUGUUAAGACUGCACUUAUUUCUAAAGGAGGAGAGUUGGAGUGAUAAAAGUGACACAUCGAGCCAGAGGACAGCCAGUCACCAAAGAAGAACUACCACUGGACUUGUUGGGAAGCUCCAGUUUCUCUUCGUGGCCGGGACGCUGGCUGUGGUGGGCUCCCGCGUAGCCUCCUUGGUGGUCCUGGAGUUUUGUCUUCGCGCCAUCUCUGGAUUGGUUACAGCAGGACCUGAGUCAAAGAAAUUCGUGCAGCAGCUGCUGAUUCAAAGCCAGUUCUCCCUCGGCUGCGCCUUAACCUGCAGUUUGCACUUCCUCCACGAGGGGGCGCCCCAGCGCUGGCUAAGUUUACUCCUGGCCGCAGCGCUGAGCUGGUUCCUAGCGAGGCAGGCCACGCUCCUGCUGCACCACGUCCUGUCUCUGUAUAAACUCCACAGCUCGCAGCGCUACUGCGGAAUUUGCAUCGGCCUGCUCGCAUCGGGCCGCCGCCUGCAGCCCUGCCUCUGCAGGACUAUGAUCAUUACGUUCUCUGUGGCUGUGGUGGGCGCCGUGUCAAUCAUCAAUCAACACUUCAUCUCUGCAACUGAGGCCCUCAGGUUUUGGACGCCGUUGACUAUCUGCUACACACUGCUGGUUGUGUACAUGCAGGAUGAGCAGCACCGUACGCCCGGGGGCCAGGCAGUCCUGAACGCCGUGGUGGUGCGUCUCGGCGGUUUGAUGGUCCUGAUGCUGACUGUUGGACGUUGGGCCGACGUGCUCCACAUUCUAAUGUGUUUCCUGGGUGAGGCCAGCUGUCUAAUCCCCACUAAGGAUCUGCUAGAUGCCGCAUUAUCACAGGACGAAGAGGAUUACACACACUACGCGAAAAGAGAUCAACGAAGACCACAGACACAAGAGCAGCAGCAUCACAGAUAGACCCUGUGGGAUUUCACAGUCCUCUGGCACUCCACUUCAAUGACACUAUAAGUGCUCUUAUUUCCACGUCAAAAAUGAAUGGCUUUGUACUUAAAAUGUAAUGUUUUCAUUAAAAAAAAAAAUCCCA